AUGGGAUCUUCUUCCGGAAUAGGGCGAUUUUCGUCACUGAAGGCGUGGGAGCUGUUCGGUGCAUCUUCGGAACGCUACAGACUUGUGAACGAGGAUCGGCUGGUGCAGCGACUUGGGAACACCCGUACGAUUAGUGCCCACGAAGCUUGCGUGAAUACGCUACGAUGGAACCGAGCCGGCACCUUGUUAGCAUCUGGGUCUGAUGAUCGAAAAGUGAAAGUAUGGAAUCUCGCUGGCGAUUGUAUUGCGUCAGUUGAGACAGGACACCAUGCCAAUGUAUUUGCUGUUGAGUUUUUACCCGCAGGAAAUGACCGCAUUUUGGUCUCAGCUGCCGGGGAUCGAUUGGUGAAAAUGCAUGAUCUUGACGGCUAUAGAGAUGAGCCAAUCACAUGGACAACAAACGGACGUGUGAAACGUUUGGCAACUGCACAAGAUGAACCCUACUUAUUUUGGUCAGCGUCCGAAGACAGCAAUGUCAGGGAGUAUGAUACUCGUACAAAUGAAGACCGAAAACUAAUCAAUACGGAGGAGAAGCGUGUGAAAUCAUUUGCGAUCUGUCAAGGACGAACUGAACUGGUAGCUGUGGCGACUGACGAAGCUCCAGUUCCCAUCUAUGACAGGAGAAAACCGGACAAACCAAUCCUGACAUGUGUUAAUGCUGACGACAAAUGUCAUGGUAAUUUUACUUACACCACACAUGUUUCGUUUGACGAAAUGGGAACGGAAUGCCUUGUAAAUCAAGGUUGUGGUCCAAUUUAUUUGUUCAAGCUGAAAUCCGAUGAUCGGCCUACAGUUUUACAAAAAAUUAAACAGAUAAUUGAGAAUAACGAUGACGUUCCGACGAAUGGUAAACACACUCUUGCGUUUGCUGAUGCACGAGAACAGGCAAAAGAACUUUUUAGUUCGAAAAAAUUCCCUGAGGCUAUUGAUAUCUAUAGUCGUGCUUUAAGUCUUUCUCCAAGCGACUAUGAUCGAAGCGUGCUGUUGUCGAAUCGUGGUAUGGGAUAUCUUUGUCGUAGAUGGGAAGGCGAUUCCUACGCUUGCGUGCGAGAUUGUGCAGAGGCCUUACUGUUGUAUCCAGGAAAUUCAAAGGCGCUUUGGCGGUUAACACGAUCACUCAUGCUACUGGAACAGUGGGAACUCGCAAAGGAGUGCAUAGAUUUAUUCAAGCGAAGGUUCCCUACUGACCGAUCUAUAGUGCGGCUUACAGACCAGGUUUCUGUAGCUAUGGAUUCAGCCCACGCUCACCAAUCGCAUGUGAUGAGUGACGACAAGAAUGUUAUAGACUACAGCGAGAGAUUUUGUGGGCAAACCAAUACACACACAGAUAUAAAGGAAGCUAAUUUUUUCGGGUCAAAAAAUCAAUAUAUAGUUGCGGGAUCGGACUGUGGUUCGUUAUUGUUAUGGAAACGAUGUUCUGGUGUUCUUGUUGCGGCAUGGAAUGCAGAUCAUUCGAUCCUGAACAUUGUCCAACCACAUCCAACACAAUUCAUGCUUGCCACAUCAGGAAUCGAAGAGGUGAUCCGUUUAUGGGAGCCGAUGGAAGAAGGAAAAGAGUGUGAAAGACGAAUAUCCGAACCAUGGACGCACUUCGGCCAACGCAAUCGACAUCCCACUGACGAGAGAGAUAUCUUUCUACGUCUCAUUGGUUCCCAAAUGAUGCGAAGCCGUGAGGAACGUCCCGAAUGUGUGACAAGCUAG